AUGACCGUCGACAUGCAUGCCUCGACGCCCUCCCCAGACUUCAUACCAGGGACCAUCCACCUUGUCGAUCUGGAUGGCACAAUCCAUGCCCGUCAUGCCGAAGGCGGAAAACGUGACAUUGUGCUCGUACCGGCACCCUCGAAUGAUCCUGAUGAUCCCUUGAAUUGGAGCCCUCGACGGAAACUUCUUUUUACCACCUGCUUGUGCACGUAUAUCCUCACGGUCGGAAUUGCGUCGGCGGCCAUUUAUUCGGUGAUCGUACCUAUCUCGGCGGCCACGAACCUGACGGUCGGUGACCUCAACGCUGGGACGGGAUAUAUGUUCCUGAUGUUUGGAUGGGGUUGUCUGGUCUGGCAGUCUCUGGCUCAACAAUAUGGGAAGCGCCCAGUCUACUUGAUCUCCACUUUGGGCACAAUGGCAAUCAUGUUGUGGGCCCCAUAUACCAAAAGCAAUGGUCAGUGGAUUGCCAACAAAAUGCUCCAGGGCUUUAUUGGAGCCCCCAUCGAAUCACUGUGCGAAAUUUCAGUCUCGGACGUGUACUUCACUCAUGAAAGAGGCACCUAUGUGGGGGUGUAUGCCCUUUUCCUGGCUGGCAGCAACUUCUUCGCACCGGUCAUCUCAGGGUUCAUUAAUGAUGGUCAAGGUUGGGAGUGGGUGCUUUACUGGUGUGCAAUAUUUAAUGGGGCCGGGUUUGUCAUCUUGUUUUUCUUCAUGGAAGAGACCAAUUUCCACCGCAAACCUCAGCUAGCCACCGAACCCGACGAUGACAUCCAAGCUGACCCGGCUACAAUGGAGACGGAGCCUCAUAAGCUUCGAGAAAACUCGGAUCCCGAGAAGACCAUUUCGGUUCGAGAUGCUCCGGCCGUGGAUGUGGACCAGGGCGAGCUCAAAGCAUACUCCAAGAAGUCCUUCUGGCAGAAGAUGGCUCUGUUCCGCAAGGAAGAUCUGCGGAAGAAGAAUCAGUUGAAGGGGAUGAUCCUCCGGCCACUCAUCUUCUUGACCUUUCCCAUUAUCUUCUUCUCGGGAUUCAUGUACGGGGCCAUCGUCUGUUACUUUAACGUGCUCAACGGAACUUCAUCACUCAUCCUAUCCAGUCCACCAUAUAAUUUCUCAUCGAGUAUGGUGGGGUUGGCGUAUGUCUCAUGCUUGGUCGGUGUAUUUCUUGGGGCGUAUUUCUCUGGUCCGGUCGGGGACUGGUUCGUUCUCUGGAAAGCUCGACGAAACAAUGGCAUCAUGGAGCCAGAACACCGUCUCUGGCUCUACUGCGUCCUGCUCGUUCUCAUUCCGGGAGGACUCCUUAUCUGGGGCGUAGGUGCAGCCCAUCGCGUUCACUGGUUUGGACUGGUUUUUGCGAUGGGAAUGUUAGGAGCGUCCAUAACGAUAGGAUGCCAGCUGCCUGUCAGCUAUUGCAUCGAUUCAUACAAGGAUAUCAGUGGAGAUGCCAUGGUCACCGUGAUCAUUAUCCGAAAUACCAUGAGUUUCGCCGUCAGUUAUGGAAUCACCCCGUGGGUUACCAACAUGGGAUAUCAGAAUGCCUUUCUUGUGGCCGCCUUUGUUUGUUUGGCACAAACUUCGGUCUUUUUCGCCUUUAUCAAAUGGGGCCGUCAGUGGCGAAAGGCCAGUGUGAACCGUUACUGGAAAUACGUCAAGCAGAUACAGGAUGAUGGCCUCGUGCACUAA